AUGUCGACCGAGAUGGAAGUCGACCCUCCUGUCGCACACGACGACGCUCCCGAGCAGUCUGACCGCAGCUUCGAGCCACGGACACAAGGAAACGCCGUCGCCGUGCGCAGUAUUGAGGGAUGGAUCAUCAUUGUGUCCAACAUUCACGAAGAAUCAUCAGAGGAGGAUGUUACCGAGCUUUUUGCGGAGUACGGAGAGAUCAAAAACUUCAGUCUGAAUCUCGAUCGGCGAACGGGUUAUGUCAAGGGUUACGCAUUGAUUGAAUACUCAACUCUCCCCGAGGCGAGUGAAGCCAUCCAGAACCUCAACGGAGCCAAGCUCCUCGAACAAACCCUCCACGUUGACUAUGCCUUCGUCCGCCCGCCCCCAUCUGGCAAGGGCAAGAAUGGAGGACCUAAGGGCCGAGCUGGUCGUAACCGCAGCCGCAGCCCCAACCGCAGCCGCAGCCCUGAAGCUGGUGGUGACCGAGAUUAA